GAGCGGCCAAGAGGCGCCAGCAGGUUCCGGGGUGAUGGCGAAGAACACAGUGUCCUCUGCGCGCUUUCGCCACGUGGAUGUGGGUGAGUAUGAUGAGAACAAAUUCAUGGACAAGGAGGAGAAAGGCGAUGGCCAGGCCGGGCCCGACGAGGGCGAGGUGGAUUCGUGCCUGCGGCAAGGGAACAUGAUGGCUGCAUUGCAGGCAGCCCUGAAGAAUCCUCCAAUCAACACCAAGAACCAAGCAGUAAAGGAUCGCGCAGAAAGCAUUGUUCUGAAAGUUCUCAUCUCUUUCAAAGCCAAUGAUAUUGAAAAGGCAGUACAAUCUCUGCACAUAGCCGCUAGAUACCUCUCCCUGCACCCUGAGCCACACACAACCCCAGCUAUCCCUUUUCCUGCACACUGAGCUAUCCCCUGCCCA